AUGCAAUGGCUCAAUAUGAAUUUAUAUCAACGUCUAUUUUCAGUAAACGGAACGCUGGCGGAGACAGUGUCCAAAAACGUUCGGGUACUAUGUUGGAUUAUGACCAAUCCGGGCAAUCACAGGUCCAAAGCGGUGCAUGUCAAGGCGACGUGGGUGACGCGAUGCAACGGAUAUUUCUUUGCCUCAACGGCUGCAGAACCCAGUCUCCCAACGGUGAAGCUGAAUACCUCUGAAGGACGAGAAUUCCUGUGGGAGAAAACGAAACUCGCGCUGACGUACAUCUACGAAACGAGCUUAGACGAGUACGACUGGUUCAUGAAAGCCGACGACGACACAUACGUGAUCGUCGAAAACCUGCGGUUGAUGCUCCUCUCCUACCGGCCAGAGCAGCCGAUUUACUUCGGUUGCCGGUUCAAACCAUUCACCAAGCAGGGCUACAUGAGCGGUGGUGCCGGCUACGUGAUGAGCAAGAAAGCUCUGACGCUGUUCGUUGAGCAGGGCAUUCGAAAUAAUGUGUGCAAAGACAUUUCGACUGGCCAUGAGGAUGCCAACCUGGGCAUAUGCAUGGAAAAGAUUGGCGUCACUGCCGGUGAUUCUCGAGACAGAUUUGGCCGGCACCGCUUCCUUCCAUUCACACCCGCUAGUCACGCAAGGCCAGCGACACCCGACCCCUCAUUCUGGUUCUGGAGUUAUAUUUAUUAUCCGUUCAGUCAGGGAAUGGGCUGCUGCAGUGACUUCGCAAUUUCCUUCCACUACAUUUCGCCGGAUGAUAUGUAUCAAAUGGAAUACCUGGUCUAUCACGUCCGGCCAUAUGGCAUCAGCCGCUUUUCCGACAAAGCUUACUAUUCUUCCCAAUGCCCUAAGGAGGAAUCAGUGGACAUCGCGAAAAACUUUUCGUUUGACAUUAAUUCGGGAAUGAAUCCAGGUAGUCAGCAAUAA